AUGCCUCGGCAGGCGAGCGGUCGCCAGGUCUUCGCACACUAUAUGGUCGGCCUGACUGACGGACAAUCCCAGGACCAAUGGCAGCAAGAUAUCACGGAAGCCAAGUCAGCCGGUAUCGAUGGUUUCGCUUUGAAUGUCGGGUCCGCGGAUUCGUGGAAUAGCGAGCAGCUACAGCUAGCCUACGACACGGCUUCCUCUAACAGCUUCAGCUUAUUUCUAUCCUUUGAUAUGGCCGCUAGCUCCUGGACCGUUGACCAGGUUGUUUCGCUCGUUAACCAAUACAAGGGCGCCAGCAGCCAGCUCAAAGUUAAUGGCAAGCCGUUCGUCUCGACCUUCGAAGGGCCAACCUGGGCCGACAACUGGGCUUCGGUGCGCUCUGCUACUGGUGAUAUUUUCUUGGUACCUGACUGGUCCUCAUUGGGAGCCCAGGGAGUCGGCGGCAAGUUAAGUCAGAUCGACGGUGCUUUCAACUGGGGCGCGUGGCCAGACGCAAACCAGUAUACGAUGACGACCGGAAACGACCAGGCAUACAAGUCAGCUCUCCAGGGCAAGCCGUACAUGAUGGGAGUCAGUCCUUAUUUCUACACAGACCUCCCCCAAUAUAGCAAGAAUUGGUACUCGUCUAGCGAUUCUCUGUGGUAUGACCGCUGGACGCAAGUCUUGGAUAUUCUACCUGAAUACGUCGAGAUUAUCACUUGGAAUGACUUCGGUGAGUCUAGCUACAUCACCGAUCCGGUUGCCGCACAAAUCGUGAGCGGUGCCGAGGGAUAUGUCGAUGGGUUUGGACACUCGGCUUUCCGCUUCGUGCUGCCCUACUUCAUCAGUGCCUACAAGGCUGGCAACGCAAACGUAGACUUGCCCUCGGAGGGAGCUGUAGCAUGGUACCGAACCACGCCAGCGACGGUGUGCGGCGAUGGUGGUACCGUAUGGGGCCAAGGUGGAACCGCUUCAGCAGCAGGUGGUACGAAAGACGUAAUUUCGAUCAUUGUGCUAUCCAACACCCCCGGCGACAUCACUGUUGCCAUCGGAGGGUCGAGUCAGAGCGUCAGCGCGUCCAGUUCGGUCGGCAAGGCCUCGUUCUAUGAGGUAGACUUCAGCGGAAAGUCCGGCGCUGUUACUGUCACGGUCAACGGCAAGUCGACGACCGGACCUGCGAUCUCAACUGAAUGUCCAUCUUCAGGUCAUGUUAACUUCAACGCGGUCGCGAUCCAGGUGUGA